GAGGGGCCAGCAGCUGAAGGGCUGUGAACGGGAGGCUGGCGUCUGCACACGACACGACAGUUUGACAGGAGCGUCAUCGAGCGGGUUAAACAUGGCGCCAUUUGUGUGUCUCUUUAGUUAAAGGCGGACAAAAUACAAGAUCAAGAACAAAGUCCAGUUUGUGUCACACAGACAGAACCAGCAUUUGGUCCCAAACAAAACACCCAGUAAGACAAGGGAGCUGAAGGGGAGAACACAAGACCGGCAAAUAUGGAAAGCACAUCUUCAUUAAUCAAAUCUGUAACCAGGCGAGUGUGGUCUCCGCCACAGCGCCCUUUCAGGGUGUGCUGCCAGAGGAGAGAAACUAAGAAGGGUGUCACGGCUGGAACGCUCGAGGAGCUAAAGGAGAAGGCUUGCCAGGCUCUGCUGAUGUCUCUGUCAGCACUAUCUCUGUGUCUGGUCUGUGAGGAGGACGGUACAGAGGUGGACUCUGACGAGUUCCUCAUGACCUUACCUGACAACACCAUGCUCAUGGCGCUGCAGCCGGGACAGACAUGGAGCCCUCUGGCGGGUUCAGUGGUGCUCAAAGACCAAAACAAACCUCGCACUGGAAGAGACAUAGCCCGAGUGACCUUUGACCUCUACAGGAUAAGCCCCAAAGACGUGUUCGGUUCGCUGAGUGUGAAGGCUACAUUUCAAGGCCUGUACAGCGUGAGCGCUGACUUCCAGUGUCUGGGGCCCAAGAAAGUUCUCAGGGAGAUGCUGCGUGUGGCUUCCACCCUCCUUCAAGCUGCAGGACACUUACUCAUCACGUCUGCCUCCAUGAUCCGCCGCAUCAUUGAAGGGGCUGAGCUUUGGCAGCCACAGAGAGCAGAGUACACGGCCAAAUGGAACUGACAACACCGCGUUUCUAUAUCUCAUUAAUGUCCAGGCCUGAUAUUCUUGUACCUGAAGGUAAAAGAUGUUUAUUCCUGUGAAACAAACAAUAAAGAAAAGAAAACUUCUUACAA